AUGUUGGUCGGUUGUUUUCUAAUCUCCCUUCUCUGCGCUCAGCCAUUUCUAUUAUCAGCCGUUGAAAAUGUAAGCUCAAUUUUUCGUCCAAUGUCGGUUUGCUUUAGGAUUCAACGACAAUCUCACCAUCAGAUUCCUGCAAAGCAGGAUUUGAUCGCAAGGUUGAAGCCGUGGCGAUGCCGCUCGGGGCAACGAUGGUGUUCACACUCUUGGCGCUAAUUUUCACCGCCUUCUUGCUCUUCUCGGCCAUGAAGAGAAUCACUUUUCGCACGCUGGAGACCGAAGCUCGCGUUUUCAUGGCGUUGGAUCAGGUGAUAAGGAACGUAAUCCCGUGCGGACUGCUCCAGGAUAUUCAUGAGACUUCGUUGCAGAGCUUUGCCAACAGAUAG